AUGAGCGAAACCCACUCCACCACAGCUGGGCACGAGGCUCCCAGCUGUCCCACGCCGGUAGGUAGCCACGCCAGCGGACGAGGUAACUCGUCCGGACGCCAUUCACAUCGCGGUGGUUUAAAGUUCGCUCCACUAGGUAGUGUUGACCACCGCUUGAGUCCACAAAAGGAUGUGGUGGCGGCGGGAACACCUGAUCCGGCUCGAGCGUCGGAUCAGAUUGAUGUUCAGGAGUUGAACCGUGUAACGGAACAGUUGCAAGAUAACCUGGCUCAUGAACGGACUCGACUUUACGAGCUCCAUGAACUUAUAAGGGAUGAUUACAAUACCUUCACGCACGAUCGUUUGAACGGUCGUGCCGCGUUUGCGCUCGCGCAACUUGAGAACGAACGUUCGACUCGUUCUCUUCGUGACGAGAUGGCUGUAGCUCGUCGAGACAUCGCUGAACUGCGUGAACAGGUCGCUUCGCUAGUCGACCAGACCGGCUCGUUGAAACGGAGCCACUCGAAAAUGAUCUCGGCCCUUGACCGCGGGGGUGUUCAUCGUCUCUCGAAACGAACUCGUACUCAUAGUACGGGCGGAGACUACCAGCGUAAAACGUUGGAUGAGUACGCAUCUUACGGGGCAGUUUAA